AUGUCAGCCACUCGGUCUUUCACGCUGCCAGACUCACGCGCCGUGUCGUACAAGCUCGAGUCCGGCCCCGAAAAUGCGCCCAUAGUGGUUCUCGCCAACUCCCUCACUUCCAACUUUGAAUCAUGGGACCACGUCGUCGAGAAGCUGGCGGCCAAUGGCCUGCGCGCCCUGCGAUGGGACCAGCCCGGGCACGGCAGGUCCAGCGCCCCGGCCGACCUUUCCUCUACUACUUUUGACUCCAUCGCCGACGAUGUCGCCGCCCUUCUUAAGCACCUCGGUCUCUCUGCUGUCCACGCAUGGGUCGGCGUCUCCAUGGGAGCCGCCGCGGGUGUCGUCUUCGUCAACCGGCACCCCGGCAUCGUCAACAAGCUGGUCGUCUGCGACACGAUCGCCCAGUCCCCGGUCAACGCCGGUACCGAGGACCUCUUUUCCGCACGCGUGUCUGCCGCCCGGACAGACGGAACGAUGGACAAUAUUUGCGAGGGCACUCUGGAGCGCUGGUUCGGCAAGGAAUGGAUCGCCGCAAACCCGCACGAGGCGGCGCGCAUGCGUGCGCUGAUGCGCACCACAUCUCUCGACGGCUUUGAGACCUGCUGCGCCGCCCUUCGCAGCAAGACUUUUGACCUGUACCCUCUUCUGGAGAAGGUCGCCGCUGGUUGCAACGAUGUGCUGCUCAUCGUAGGCGAGAAGGACGCAGACUUGCCGACGCAGAUGCAGAAAAUGCGCAGCGGCAUCGAGCAAGGUUUCAGGGCAGCCGGUAAAUCGAACAGUAUCAGGCUUGAGGUUAUCAAGAACGCCGGCCACGUCUGCUAUAUUGAUGGUCUCGAGCAGUUCAAUAGCCUUGUGGUCCCGUUCCUGAAGCAAUAA